AUGUUCUCAAUUCUUUUAGCUUCCAACUUCGUACUCUUCACUUUAGCCUGCCCAACAGAACCAGGCACAUUUGGAAAAGGUGCAGAGUUCACAACCAAAAUAUUUCCACCAGUUGAUUGGAGCGUUGUUGGCACUCCAGUAACAAUGGGCAAGCGUAACAUGGAAGAUGCGGUUAAACAAGUAUUCAAUGAUGUCAACUCUGCGAUUAAGCAAUCAUUAAUUGAAUAUGGAGCAUCAGCGAAAGAUUUCCAAAUCAAAAACAUUACUUUCGCACCUGUAGAAGCUGUAACUUUGGAAACUGCUUGUACGGCCAAUCCUCCCGCUGGUGAAUAUGCUUUUUGGAGAAGAACUAUUUACAACUCUUGUCCCCAAGCAGCUAGUACUCUUCCACUUCCCUUCAAAGUGUUAAUAACUGUAGAGGAUGAUUUGUUUGAAAGUCAAUGGAGAGCUAUAGCUGUUACGACUCAAAAUAAAUUAGAACAAAAAUAUGUUGUAUUUGAUGAAAAUAUUGAUAUGAAAUUAAAUCGAUGCCAAAAUAUAUCAGAUUGCUAUUGGACAGCUCAAGGAUUCGAAGCUGUCAUACUGCGACAACACCCUGUGAAUUUCUAUUUAAAAUCAAAAAUGGGUAAAAGAGCGACAAAAUCUAUUCAGCUUACAAGUCCUUACUAUCUAACAUCUUCUAAAAAGUGCACUCUGUCUCUGUUUUACUAUAUUCGUCGACACUCUUCACAUAUUAUGGUCCAAAUUAUUAAAAUGAGAAAGUAUGAUAAACAGUUUAAUGUGAUUAGAAAUGUGACGAAGCUUAAUAAGGAAGGAAAUAAGUUCAAAUGGAUUACGAUUGAAAUUGGCCGAAUCUCAGAAGCUUCAGCUAUUAAUUUUCAUGUCGUUCAUGAGCAUGACGAUUCUGAAAUUGGAAUUUCCAAUAUAACAUGGAUGAAUUGUGAUGAUAUUUUAAUUGAAAAUGAGUUAUCAGAAUGUCCAAAUGCUUUAAAUCCAUUCUUAUGUACUGUUAAUAACCGAACUGUCUGUCUUGAGGAUAUUCAAUGUGAUAAGUCAUAUGACUGUCCCGAUGGUAGCGAUGAACUAGACUGUGAGAGAACUUUGCCUUAUCAAUGUAACUUCAAUGAUGGAAUUCUCUGUCCUAGAUGGUCACUUGAACUUUUCAAUGAAAGAAAUGAAGCGACCGUUUUUAAAAGUUCAAUCACAUAUAAGAAUUCAAGUUAUGAUAUGUUUAAGUCUCUUAUCUCUACCGAUGAACGUCAUCCACAUCGAGGUGAAUAUCUGAUAUUCUCUCCAAGAAUACUCAAGAAUAUGGGAUCAAAAGAAAGGAUCAACUCAUUGCGAACACCCAUCUAUCCUUCUAAUUCCAAUUCACAACUGUGUACGAUACGGUUUGAUUACUGUACAAAUCAGGAAAGUUAUGAUUUCUCUCUGUACAUCCGGAAUAUUCGAAACCAAACAAGAAGAUUAUGGAACAUUCCGCACAUCUCAUCAUUUUCUAGAGCCUGUCAUUGGAAGCGAGCAAUAGUCGUGAUUGGACGUCAACCUUUGCCUUACUAUUUGGAGUUCAAUGCUCGUUAUCAUCGACAUCUACAAAUGGAGUUCAUCGCUAUUGACGACUUCUCAACCAGCCCAUACUGUUUUGACCAUGAGAUUAUAUCGUUUCGUGAUUAUAUGGCUAAUCUUUGUAAACAUGGCGUAAUAAUUACUUUGAUAAUUAUGUUCAUUAUAACAACACGUCGUUCUCUAGCUCAUGUUAAACAGUUGUACGAAAUUCUAAAAAGCUUCAUUUACCAAACAAUUAAGCUCCUUGAUGACAAUCAGGUACAGGUUGUUGAAGUGUCUUGCGCACAAUUAGAUGAUGAUUUGUACCAUUUGAACAACGCGAAACUUCUAGAGAAGCUUCCGGUUCUACGCAGAUCAACUCUAACCUUUAAAAGUGUUAUCGGAUAUGGCGCUUUCGGAGAAGUUUUCACAGCUUAUAUGGAGCAGAACGAUGAGUCUGUCAACGUCGCUGUCAAAGUUUUAAAUGAGAAACUGAUGGAGACAGAAUCAGCUCGACGUGAGUUCAUACUCGAAGCUGUUUUCAUGAGAACAUCCAACACAGCGGAAGACGCUACAAUUAAGGUGAUUGGAGCUUCUUUUGAAGAAAUUCCACAUAUGGUCGUGAUGGAACUCAUGGCAGGAGGAAGUCUUCUAGAUUAUCUGAGAAGUUGCCGACCAACAACAGAAUCUGCAAACCCUCAACAAAUAUCAUCUUACCGCCUCAUGCAAAUAGCUUUGGACAUUGCUCAAGGCUGUGCCAUAAUUGAGAAAUUACAAUAUGUUCAUCGAGAUUUGGCAGCUAGAAAUUGCUUGUUAACUCAUUUAGGACCCGAAAUGCGAGUCAAAAUAGGCGAUUUCGGUCUCGCAAAUGAACUCUAUAGUGAAAAUUCACGUGCUCGUACCAUGAUUCCGAUUAAGUGGAUGCCAUUGGAAGCAAUCGAUGAUGGCUUCUUCUGUUCAAAAACGGAUGUUUGGUCAUUCGGCGUCCUCUGCUGGGAAAUAUUCUCAUUGGGAACAAUACCUUAUCCAACAGAUUCAGUUCAAGAAGUUGUUGAACGUUUGCGUGAUGGUGAACGUCUCUGUAUUCCCUACGGAACUCCGCCGAAGCUUUAUAAACUGAUGCAAGAUUGUUGGGCAACUUACCCCAACUGUCGUCCAACAUUCGAAUAUCUAUAUUCCAAAAUGACUGAACUGAUGAACUCAUCAGACUUACCAAAAACUGAUAUUUUUGAUGGAAAUACCGACAGCUCCACCUAUAUGUGGAAUUAUGAGAACAACAAGUGCGCUUCAUCAGAUGAAUUGUAUAAUAAAACGUGUAUUCCUUAUACGGGCAUGACUGAAGAUCAGCGUAAUCUUCAUUGCAAUUAUUGGAUAAGAGAAGAUUACAAAUACGACAUGUUGCCUUUCAAGCAGAAUGGCCUUUUUCAAACGGAUGUUUCUAUUAGUGAUAUCGAGGAAAAAUGUAAAAUCAUUUUUGGAGAAAAUGUGAAAUUCGGAAGAAACUCAUCAUUCACCAACAUUGCUCAAAUGAAAGGUUUCAUGUCCAAGAUGUGUUUGAUCAAACCUGACUGGCCAGAAAGUACAACUGAUCUGCCUGAAAUCAUUUUGAUAAAAAUCAGCACACUCAUGUCAAUUCUGGAAAUGUCGGAAAAUUUGAUUUCACAAAAUAAAGAGCCGCUGGUGAAUGCAAAAGAAGAGCUCCAAAUACAGUUUGGUUUAUUGAACUUGAGAAAAUUGCACAACAAUGAAUGUAGAAUCUAUGAAGUACUUAAUAAUCACAACACCAAUGGAAUCAUCCCUGUUGUAAAGACAUAUUAUUGUAAUCGAAUGAAUGAAGAAUAUGAAAAAGGAUUCAUUAUAAUGCAGUACAUUGAUGAAGCUGUCAGUAUUGAUCAGUUUCAUAACUUUCAGAUUUCUCAAGUUGUACAGAUCUUGCACAUGGUCGCCUCUUUACAAGCUGUUGGAACAAAAUUUUCUGAUGAAGAGAAGCAGUUGAAUGUCAAUUUUUUUGAGGAUCGAGUCAUCGAUAUGACGAAAAGCCAUACGCAGCAGAGUGUUCUUCGCAUGAUCCGACAACAUGGUUUUGAUGAACUUGAGUCAAUCACAAAUGAAUUGGAGAAGAAAAUACCGGAGAUUAUGGAUUUAUCGAUUUUUGACACUUUCACUGAUGAACUAGGUAUUCCAAAGCAAUUGACACAUGGUGACAUCUGGGCUGGAAACAUCAUUUUUCAAAAAUCCUCAGAAGAUGGUAGCAUAUAUCCCAGAGCUUUAGUAGAUUUUCAGAGCACAUCAUUCUCAACCCCAGCUGUUGAUGUGUUAAGAACUUUGUUGACCUGUCUGAGCGGAAAGGAUAGAAAACAGUAUUUCGAUUUUCUCAUAAAAGACUUUUACUCGGACUUCAUCAAAAAGUGCGAUGGACAAAUACCAUAUACAUUCGACGCUCUCGAAGAGUCAAUUUAUCGUCUGUUUCCUCUUGUUGGGUUCUACACCUUGCCGUUGUUCGUCUGUGUUACAGACAUAAUCACAAGUAAUGAUCUCGAAGAAGAGAUAAUACAAAAUAUGAAAGAGAAAAUACAAACAUUAAUGGAAGACAUCCUUUACUAUCAUGAACGAAACAGAUCAACUAGAGGAGCUUCAAAGCAACGACGAGAUCAGAUCAAUAUUGAAAUUCAACGAUUACGCGAUUUGCUGCCGUUAUCAGAUUCUAUCAAAGAUCGAUUAUAUCAAUUACAAAUUAUGUCAUUAGGCUGUAUUUAUAUGAGAAAGCACCGCUAUUUAUCACAUGUUGUACAAAAUUUCUUACCACUCAACAAUACUCCGAAAGGAAUUGAAGUUGGAAAAACACUACGAGGCUUCAUGAUGAUGCUCACACGAAGUGGAAAAAUGCUUCACGUGUCUGACAAUGCUUGUGAAUAUCUGGGACAUUCUGUUGAAGAAAUUAUGUGCCAAGGGGACUCUAUAUAUGACUUGGUUGACCACAGAGAUCAUUCAACUAUUCAAAUGCAUUUACAGAAUGAGUUAGGUAGUGGACCUCCUCAGUCAGCUUCUUUCCCGGAUGAACGUUCAUUCAUAUGUCGCUUGAAUCUCACGAGAGCUGCUGCAAAGCGUCAAUUGCAAUACCAUAAGUUCAUCUUGCUUCAAGGAAGAUAUAUUCAUCCCGCUGAAUACUAUCAUUCUUCUAAUAAGAAUGACACUUCUUUGAACCAGAUGCAACCUAUAUUUGCCGCCUACUGUCAUCCCCUCAUCAAUCCUGAGAACGCUGAAGCUUUAUCUAACGGCAACACAACAGUUUUCUCCACUCAACACUUCUUGGAUAUGACUUUCAAAGAGGUUGAUAAUAUGUUUCUACAUCAUUUGGGUUAUGCAAAGGAAGCUGUUGAUCAGCUCAGUUGGUAUCAACUUGUCCAUCCCUCACAUGUUCCGGAGUUGGCGUAUAAGCAUCGUUUAUUGUGUCAAGAAAAGGAAGGUUCGGUACUUUCGCUGUUUAAGAUACAAACGGCUGACGGCAGAUGGAUAUGGCUUCAUACGGUUUUCGCAAUUCGAGCUUGCUUCACUCAAGAAGUCAGAGAUGGAAAGCGUAUCCGCCAUGUCAUCUACUGCUAUCAUCAAAUUCUGACAGACUUGGAAGCUGCUACAUUACAAGCAAAUAAUUGGAUCUACAGUAUGCGACACACAUAUCCUGCUUCCUUCUCUUGUCAAGACUCUCCGCUUACUGAUGACAAAGUGGUAUCACCUGUUUCUCCUGACAUUCCAACCGCAUCAGCAGCCGAAACAUUCCGUAAUGAUUUUAGAGUUCAAAUCAAACAGGAACCGUUUUCCGUACCUCCCACUGCCAUGCCCGUUUAUACAAAUCCCUGUCAACAGAUAAAAGUUGAGAUUCCAUAUAAAGCGAUGGCUGGUAAUCCCAUGUACACACCGGAGAGCUCAUCUCCCGAAUCAUCUUCAUCUCUUCAUUCUUCUCUUUUCUCACAGCCUAUGCCGGCACUUGAAUCUCAUCCUUUAUUUGGAGAAAUGCAUGCCAUUAAAGGAACUUUACCUGAUCUUCGUGAUGAUCUGGACGAAUUUUUCCGCCAAGUGGAACAACCAUCUGUCAGCCAUCAGCGUUGUGCUGCAGCUCCUGUAGCAAGUAUCAUAUCUACGAAUCAUUCACCUCAACAAGCUCAUGAUGCUUAUCGAUACAUUCAUCCAGCUCUCGUCACACCUCUCCAGGCUUCGUAUCCCACAAAAGAGUCUGAAAUAAUUCAGACUACGCCAUUACCAUCUACAGCUUCUGCACAUCCACCACCUGCUCCUUUCCUUUCACACUAUCCUCAUCCUCGAGGUUACAGUAUGCCAGAUUGUCCAGAAUACCCAUCCAUAUGCUAUGAUUCAUCAUAUCGUCGUCUUAGUUGGGCUGCGUAA